CAUCGCAAAAGACGCAGAGGCGAGCACUUAGCAACUGCUAAUAUUUUAUCUUGUGUAUUUUUCCUUAAAAAUACAUGACGCUUCCAAAGUUCAGAGCAACGAAGUAAACCCAAGCAGGAGCGAGAGGAAUACUGCAUCGUCACUUGCGGUCUGUGUCCUGUCGCCGUCGUCGCUCAGAUGACCUUCGGGUCUCUGUUUCCAUGACCACAAAUAGCAUCUGUGGCAGGUCUGGUUUCGAUUUGACCUUAAUCGACCUCCUGGAUUCACGAAGGACCUGAGAAGCCCUAAGAAAUGAAAGAUUAAUCCGGCUGGUUGCUCACCUCACAAAGUCCGCUGGACUGGGCUCAUCCUGUUUCCGGGGCCAGCGCGGCCUCGCACACAAUGCAUGCCUGGGCUGCAACCCGAGACCCGCUCUCCUAUCCGCGGCUCUGCCGGAGACGGACAGAUGAGAGCGCUCCGGAGACUGGCUCAGGGCAGGGUCCUGCUCCUGACCAUCUGUGCGGCUGGUAUUGGUGGAACUUUCCAGUUCGGCUACAACCUCUCCAUUAUCAAUGCUCCGACCUUGCACAUUCAGGAAUUCACCAAUGAGACGUGGCAGACGCGAACCGGCCAGCCGCUGCCCAACCACCUGGUCCUGCUCGUGUGGUCCCUCAUCGUGUCCCUGUAUCCCCUCGGGGGCCUCCUGGGAGCGCUGCUCGCUGGGCCCCUGGCUGUCACGCUGGGAAGGAAGAAGUCCCUGCUGGUGAACAACGUCUUCGUGCUGGCCGCCGCAGCGCUGUUUGGCUUCAGCCGCAGAGCGGGCUCCUUCGAGAUGAUCAUGCUGGGAAGACUGCUCGUGGGCAUCAGCGCAGGUGUAGGCAUGAACGUCCAGCCCAUGUACCUGGGGGAGAGCGCCCCCAAGGAGCUCCGAGGGGCUGUGGCCAUGACCUCCGCCAUCUUCACCGCCGUGGGGCUCGUGAUGGGUCAGGUGGUUGGACUCAGGGAGCUCCUGGGUGGCCCGCAGGCCUGGCCCCUGCUGCUGGCCAGCUGCCUGGUGCCCGGGGCGCUCCAGCUGGCCUCCCUGCCCCUGCUCCCUGAAAGCCCGCGCUACCUGCUCAUUGACUGUGGAGACCCUGCGGCCUGUCGGGCAGCGCUUCGGCGGCUGCGGGGCCCCGCGGACCUGGCCGGGGAGCUGGCCGAGCUGGAGCAGGAGCGCGCCGUCUGCCGGGGCGGGCGCGCGCGGCGCCCGCGGGAGCUGUUCCGGGAGCGCGCGCUGCGGCGGCAGGUGGCCGGCCUGGUGGUGCUGGGCGGAGCCAUGGAGCUGUGCGGGAACGACGCGAUGUACGCCUACGCGUCGGCCGUGUUCAGCCAGGCAGGGAUCCCGCAGGACAAGAUCCAGUACGCGGCCAUCGGGACCGGGGGCUGCGAGCUGCUGGCGACGCUGCUCAGCUGCCUGGUGAUUGAGAGGGCGGGCCGGCGGGUGCUGCUGACUGGGGGCUACGGCCUGAUGACCUGCUGGGGGAGCGUCUUCACGGUGGCCCUGUGCCUCCAGGGCUCCUUCUCCUGGACGCCCUACCUGGCCAUGGCCUGCAUCUUCGCCUUCAUCCUCAGCUUUGGCAUCGGCCCUGCCGGGGUGACCGGGAUCCUGGCCACGGAGCUGUUUGACCAGAUGGCCCGGCCUGCCGCCUACAUGGUCUGCGGGGCACUCAUGUGGACCAUGCUCUUCCUCGUGGGGCUGCUGUUCCCCUUCCUCGUGGAGGGCUUGUCCCACUUCAUCUAUGUGCCUUUCCUCUGUGUCUGCGUCUGCGCGGCCGUGUACUCGGGCAUCUUCCUCCCCGAGACCAGAGGCAAGAGCUUCGUGGAGAUCUCGGAGGAGCUGCACAGACUCAACUUCCCAGGGAGGAGCCGAGGCCCAGCGUGGGCCGGCCCCGAGGUCGUCCAGUCCACGGAGCUGUAGCUCGGCCGGCACGGUGGGGGCCAGCCCCAGACCCUCCUCCUCCUUUGGAGCCCCUCGGUGUGCAGGCCUGGUGCUCAGCCUC